CAACUCCAGAGGGAAGUCAUGUGUUGUCUGUAGAGCAUCUAUGCAUUGAGCAAUAUGUCCAACAUAUACACUCUGAGGUAGGUUUAUAAUUUCUGUCUUUUGAUGUAAACUUACAAUGUGACAUAAGUAGCAUUUCUCACAACUUUUAUUUAUUGCUGCUACAGUAAUAUAUGUUUUAGUUUUAGUUUAGUUCAGACAUUUUAUAUCAUGAGUAUUGUGUAUACUAGCAGAUAGUUUAAAUCUGCCACUGUUUAUAAACUGUUUUUUUUUUUUUCAUUGAUUUAUUUACUCAUUCUCUUAUUUUUAUUUUAUACUUGUUCAUGGACUUUAUAAUGGAAUAACCCAGUUGCUUUGUUUCAAAGUGUACCUUGUAAAAGGCCUGGCCCAUUUGCUGUAUCUCUUUUGUUAAGAAAUGCUUGUUAAAGGAAGAUCACCAUAAAAUGUAAAAUGUGUAAUUUGUUCACUGUUCCUUUAACUUACAUUAAUGAUGCAUUUGCACAGAGAAAUGUUUGGUGGCCAGCGGUCAUCUAGUGUACGACUCGAUGGCAAAACAGUCAUUAUAACUGGAGCAAAUACUGGCAUUGGAAAAGAAACCACAAGAGACCUGGCAGGACAAGGGGCCAGGAUAAUAAUGGCUUGCAGAGACCUUGACAAAGCAGAAGGAGCACAGAAAGAGAUCAUGGAGGAGUCAGGGAACCAAAACAUAGUGAUCAUGAAGCUAGAUUUAUCUGAUACCAAGUCAAUCAGAGAAUUUGCUGAGGUAAUCAACAAUGAGGAAAGUGCUAUUCACAUACUCAUUAACAAUGCUGGGAUCAUGAUGUGUCCCUACUCUAAGACAGCAGAUGGUUUUGGGAUGCAGUUUGGUGUCAACCACUUAGGUAACUUCCUGUUAACCUUCCUGCUGAUUGAUCUGCUGAAGAGAUCUGCCCCCUCAAGAAUCAUCAUCCUUUCCUCCAUGGCUCAUAGUUGGGGCACAAUAGCACUUGAUGAUAUCAAUAGUGAGAGGAAUUACCACAGUAGGAGGGCAUAUGGUCAGAGUAAAUUGGCCAAUAUCCUUUUCACUCGUACCUUGGCCAAAAAACUCAAGGACACAGGUGUUACAGCAUAUGCAGUCCAUCCAGGAAUCGUGCGGACAGAACUUAAAAUACAUAUGAAUCUCAGACUUCUAAUCAUGUGGAAGAUUGUCAGACCUUUCACAAAGACCCCAGUGAAGGGAGCACAAACUACCAUCUUCUGUGCAGUGGAACCAGAAUUAGACAAAGAGAGUGGUGGUUACUACAGCAACUGCAGACCUUCCAGAUGCACCAGAGCUGCUAGAGAUGAUGAAAUGGCUGAGAAACUUUGGGAGCUCAGCUGCAAAAUGCUGAGAAUAGUCUGGGACUGAACGCAGUGUUUUCCGUAAACAAUUCAGUAUAUCUAUUUUUAUUUACUAUUAUUAUUGUUAUUUACAAUGAAUUCCAACAUGAACACCCAAGGAAAAAUGCCAUGACAAACGCUUAACAAAUAUUUCUUUCUCAGUUUUUUUUUUAAGAAUUCGUUUAUUUAUUUACUGCUUAAUUUACAUAAGACAGGAAACCAACAAUGUAAGACAAUUCCACUGAGACCAACACAGAGUUUACAUUAAAGAGGAAAAAAAAAAACAAGGAGCAAGGAUGAUACCAAAGUUGUAGUCAAUGAAGACAUUAUAAAGAAAAAAUAUAUAUAUAUUAAAGUAACAGAUAUUUUGAAAAGAGAAGCAUAACUUUUCAGAUUUUCUAUUAAGUUUUUGAAGCAUUUAAAGCUCUGAAACAUUUUAGCAAACUCACAUAAAAAUAUAUUAAAGGAGGUUUUAAAUUUUUUCCAUUUACAAGUAUGGAUAUGAUAUUUACCCAUCAACAAAACAAAAUUAACAACAUCAGAGAAGGAUGAAUUUAAAUCACAUUUAAAAAGAGGACAUCUUGUUUGGUUAUAGGAGAAACUGACUCCAUUUUUAUUGACAACCAGCUAUGUAUAUCAAACCAAAAUUUAAAAGAAACCUCACAGUAAAAAAAAACAAAAAAAAAACCAAAAAAAAAACAAGGUGAUCAAGUGUUUCAGGAAAUGAAGAGCAGAAACCACAAGGAUCCACCUCGAAAUGAAAUGUUUUUGUAUAAAGUCACUUACUGGGUAAAUCCUAAACAUAAUUUUAUAAUGAUUCUCCUUGACCUUUGGAGCAACUGGGUAAGCCAUAUAAUGGGUAAAAGCUUUGUCCUUUACUGAGGUUUCAACAUCUUCCAGAAAAUAACACUUAUAAUCACCAGUAAUGAUACGUUUAAGUUCUUUGUAAAUAAGUUUGUUAUUACACUUAUAUUCUAAGAGGUCAACAUUACAUAUUUUCAAAGAGGGAAGAG